GAUCUUGAAUCCGCCGCAGUUUGCAAAUACACACUUCGACUUCAAUCGUCACUCUAAGAAACUGGCAUUGAUGUCAUACUAUUCUGGGGAAGUUUGCUUCAUUAUGCCAACAGAAAUUCCACGGAACUUACUCCUGGGAUGAGAUUAUUCAUCCUCAGGAAACACCAUCGCCAUGCUACCACCGCCUACUUUAAGCUUUACAAUUCCUUCUGUCCACGAUAACUUGAGUCUCGAGUGUCGCAUCUACCACCCAUCAAGUCUAGUACCCACCUCCAUCUCGCAGGCUUUGCCAUGGAGAAAGAAAGCUGCUAUUGUUGCGCACCCUUACGCUCCAUUGGGAGGCAGUUAUGAUGAUGCGGUUGUUGGCUUGGUUGCUUCUACCAUUUUGAAUAAUGGAUUCGUUGUGGGAACUUUCAACUUCCGUGGUGCGGGCUCCUCAAAAGGGCAUACUUCAUGGUCCUCCUUGCCCGAGCAAAAGGAUUAUAUAUCAUUUCUCGGAUUCAUCGUAACCUAUUUGCAUCACCUUUCUGUGCCAUACUCAUCCAGACCCCCGUCGUUUGCACAUUCUGAUCCCCAACUUCACAACCUUGCUCCUGUCCCAUCAGAACGCUUAAUGCAGCCCACGAAUGAUAGUCUUCCAGGUAAAUCUACCUACGCAGGAUCAAGCGUUGACAGCAAUGAUGCACAGCCUCUGUUACUACUUGCUGGUUACUCAUAUGGAUCUCUCAUUACUAUAAAUCUUGAACCGAGCCUCCUUGGCAUGCUAGCCCCUUUUCAGCAACCAGCCUCUGGCAGUCCAUACGCAGACAUAAGAUCUCGAGCACGAUUCUUAGCUACCCAGCAGAAUGAAAUAAUCGAAGCUACAUAUUCAUUGCUUCGAGCUGGAGGUCAUCGGAGAGGCCGUAGUCUUCAAGCAGGAGAAUAUAUGAUAAGUCACAAAACUCGGUUAUCUAGCUCGGGGGUUAGAAUGGGUGGAGAUGAAGAUAUCAAAAGAGCCAGUCAUGAUAUGCAUGGUUCCGGGGCGAGGCGAUCUUUUUCUGUGGAUGCAUCGAUGAAGGUCAGAAAGAGUAUGGACAAGUUCAAAUCUAUUGUUCAACACGGGUCGCCAAGGAGAGGAGAAAGCCAUUCUUCGUCGAUUAAUCCGGGCCAAGAUAGUUUUACGAAUGUGGGAAUUUCAGAAAGGCACUCUCGUGAUAGAGAAGGUGUCAAUAUCAUGGAAAUUCUUGGAAAUGAUUACAAAGUUGCCUACUUACUGGUUUCCCCUUUACCUCCUGAUGCCAUAAUCAACAAUUUGGCCAGUAUUGGGAGCUUCAGGUUGACUUCCCUCCUCGGAAAGCAAAGUCAUAAAAUAGAUAACAACAUCAAGUUCACAAUUGAUCCUACGUUGGUUAUCUAUGGGACUGGUGAUCUUUUUGUUCAAGUUAAAACUGUCGAACGUUGGACUAAAAAACUGUCGAGUUUAUGUAAGACUAGAGGAUCUGCGAACGGAGUAGUUUUUAGGUAUGAAGAGAUAGCUAAUGGAGAGCACUUUUGGAGAAGUCCUAAGGCUGCUAGGCAGCUGAUGGAGAAAAUCAGGUUCUUUCUAUCAGAGAUUCUGGAAUGAACUUCUUGCAUGGCAUGAAUUGUCGCAUGAUCACAUAGAGUAGAGAUGAUCAAUGAUAGUGCUAAUGAAACUAUGAAAGUUCAUGACAAUGAUUAUUUCUAAGUUUCCGCCGAGAUUUCUAUACCCAGAUGUCUAGUGUAGGCUAUGACAUGCACACGUAACUAAAUCGAAGAAGUGAAAAUAUAUCAGGGGA